CUUAUUUAAUCUUCCUUAAAAGGUUUUCCGCCUUAAAAUGAGUAGUAGCGUGUUUAGGACCUCAUAUAUUACACACUGUAGGUAUGUAAGAAGGACUUAAUUUAUUCUUAAUUGAGAUCUCAUUCUUUCCUGUCUGGUAUUAUUGUGCUCCAAAGAUAUAUAAUAAGCUGUAAUUACCAGAUACUAAUUAAAUCAUGCCAUUCCAACUAGAGGCAAUGUCUAGCAGGAAGCGUAGACCCAACUGGACAGACCAGGAGUGUUAUCUCCUCGCUCAGCUGGUGCAUGAGAGGAAAGAAGUCAUCAGAGGGAAGUGCAUCACUGGUUUAUAUGACAAACGCCAGGCUUGGGAAGAGAUAACCCACACCAUCAACACGGCCUUCCCACAAAUGCAGAGGACCGUGUCCGACUGCAGCAAAAAGUGGGAGAAUCUGCUGGCGAAAUCCCGGGAGGAGAUCAAGAGACAGAAGAUGCAAGCGGGUGCAGAUGAUGACGUGUCUCUGGAUCAGUUCAGCGCCCUGACCCAAAUAGCCAUCUCCGUCAUGAACCCUGCGGCGCUUCAACAAGACGAAGAAGACUCCACGCCGUUUGAUAUCAUUGAAAGUCAACACAACAGUGGUGAUAAAGAUGGAACGUUCCCCACAGGAGAACAUCUUGAAAGUAAACACGAGCAGGCAGAUCCUGUCCUCCAGGGCUACGCUUCAGAUCCAUCAGGACAAAAAACCACAUCUUAUUCCAUCGUCCCCAAGUCACUCGGCGUACAGUUUAGCACUCUUUAUCCUGCGGCGUCCGGAGAACAGUCCCACUCCCCCUGCUCGCCGUGUGCACCCGCAGCGCACUGCAGCACCUUGCAGGACAGAAUGGACCUGGAAAUGUCUGUGCUGAGAAGACAGGAAGCAGUCCUCAAGCUGCAGGAGGAAUAUUAUACACUCAAAAUCAAGCGGAUGAAGGCGCAAAUGGCAGACUGUCCUCUGCAAGGCUGAAACCAUUUGUAAUCAUUGAAUGAUUGUUGAUCAUUUGUGUUGUGUAGGAUCUACAUCUGAGAAGAAUGUGUUGACUGGUAAUAGCCCAGUAAAUGAGACUUCAGUAACAUUAAGGUGACUUGUAGUAGGGAUGUCCCGAUCCGAUAUUUGGAUCGGAUCGGCCGCCGAUCGAUGUUCUGGACACAAACACCGAUACGAGACGACUCACAAUCUUGGAUUGCAAGCUGUCCCUUUGCACAGAUAGAAAACCCCGCACCCCCCCAAACCCGCCCACCUCAACCUCCUCAUGCUCUCUCAGGGAGAGCAUGUCCCAAAUUCCAAGCUGCUGUUUUGAGGCAUGUUAAAAAAAUGUUGCCAUGUUUUUUUUUGUUUUGCAUAACUUGAGUUGAUUUAUUUUGGAAAACCUUGUUACAUUGUUUAAUGCAUCCAGCGGGGCAUCACAACACAAUUAGGCAUAAUAAAGUGUUAAUUCCACGACUGUAUAUAUCGGUAUCGGUUGAUAUCGGAAUCGGUAAUUAAGAGUUGGACAAUAUCGGAAUAUCGGCAAAAAAGCAAUUAUCGGACAUCUCUAGUUUUCAGGGUGCAGGUCAUACAGGUAAA